GCGGCUGUGCUUAGUGGCUUUCCCCACAGUUUGUACUUUUCUCUUCCUGACCAGUGGUGGCUGGCCAUGCCGUCCCUGCUCUCAACCCCCAAGCUGGCUCCCGUUCUAGCAAGGCUCCGCGGCCUCUCAGGAUGUAUGUCAUGUUUACAGCGAAGGUACUCCCUCCAGCCUGUGCCGGUAAAGAAGAUUCCAAACCGGUACUUAGGCCAGCCCAGCCCGGUUACACAUCCACACCUCCUCAGACCAGGGGAAGUGACACCAGGACUAUCUCAGGUAGAAUAUGCACUUCGAAGACAUAAACUUAUGGCUCUGGUCCACAAAGAAGCACAAGGACACAGUGGGACAGACCACACAGUGGUGGUACUCUCUAAUCCUACAUACUAUAUGAGCAACGACAUCCCCUACACAUUCCAUCAAGACAACAACUUCCUGUAUCUCUGUGGAUUCCAAGAGCCUGAUAGCAUUCUGGUCCUUCAGAGCUUCUCUGGGAAGCAGUUACCAUCCCAUAAGGCCAUGCUUUUUGUGCCUCGGAGAGAUCCUGGUCGAGAAUUGUGGGAUGGCCCUCGAUCUGGCACAGAUGGAGCAAUAGCCUUAACUGGAGUAGAUGAAGCCUACCCGCUGGAAGAAUUUCAACACCUGCUACCAAAACUGAGAGCUGAGACGAACAUGGUUUGGUAUGACUGGAUGAAGCCUUCUCAUGCACAACUUCACUCUGACUACAUGCAGCCUCUAACUGAAGCCAAAGCCAGGAGCAAGAACAAGGUUCGGAGUGUCCAGCAGCUGAUACAGCGCCUAAGGCUGGUUAAGUCUCCUGCAGAGAUUAAGAGAAUGCAGAUUGCUGGGAAGCUGACAUCAGAGGCUUUCAUAGAGACCAUGUUUGCCAGUAAAGCUCCAGUAGACGAAGCCUUUCUUUAUGCAAAGUUUGAAUUUGAGUGCCGUGCCCGAGGUGCUGACAUCUUAGCCUACCCACCUGUGGUUGCAGGCGGUAAUCGCUCCAACACUUUGCACUAUGUGAAGAAUAAUCAGCUCAUCAAGUCUUUCCAGCUUCGCUGUGUGUGCUUUGCAGCUGUCUUAGGAAUCCUUGCACUCAUUGCCACCGCUAUCAUAGCUGCUGUCAUUACCAUCAGUGUUCUGCUUUACCUCCAACACUCAUUCACCGCCCCUCAGGCAGAGCUCUAUGAAGCUGUUCUGGAAAUCCAAAGAGCUUGUUUGACACUGUGCUCCCCUGGGACGAGCUUGGAGAACAUCUAUAGCAUGAUGCUGACACUGUUAGGACAGAAGCUCAAGGAUCUGGGCAUCACAAAGACCAGCAAGGAAAGCGCCUUCAAGGCUGCUCGAAAAUACUGCCCUCAUCAUGUUGGCCAUUACCUCGGGAUGGAUGUCCAUGACACUCCAGACAUGCCUCGGUCACUCCCUCUGCAGCCUGGAAUGGUGAUCACAGUUGAACCAGGCAUUUAUAUCCCAGAGGACGACAGAGAUGCCCCAGAGAAGUUCCGAGGGCUCGGAGUUCGGAUUGAGGACGAUGUAGUGGUGACUCAGGACUCACCUCUUAUCCUUUCUGCAGAUUGUCCCAAAGAGAUGAAUGACAUUGAACAGAUCUGCAGCAGGACCUCCUGACUACCAGUGUGGCAUACGUGCAGCCCAGGUCCAAGACUGGCAUCCCUGCUAUGCAGGUAGUCAGUGUCUGUGUGGGGAUUAGGUACAGCUUCCCUGGGAACUGCACAGCCAAAUGAGCAAGGACAUUUUCACGUUGAAUAGAUGUAAAUCUGGAAACGUGGAUUCUGGAAGAAUCUGUUACUAGAACUUUAGUGACAUUAAUUCUGAGAAGUUAAUGAUGGAGAAAGUUUAACAUGUGCGUGUAAAGUAAGGACAUGGUCAUAUGUCCCCCUGCAUUCCAGUCAACAGAAAACUCUCUUCAUCCCUUUCUGCACUUCUUCUAAGAUCCUAAGAUGCUUGUGUGAGGCCCGCAUGUUUAACUUCUCACCAAAGUUCCAGCCCAUGCUACAGGAUCCCUGUCGGUGUUUGAGGUGGCCAGUACUUACUUGCCAUGGCCUCUGCCUCCUGGUCCAGGGUCUGCACACCCACUGGGAUCUCUCAGUCCUCAGGGAACACAGGUGCCCUGCUGUGUUUCCAUUCAGCCAGAAUACAGCAACACAGUCAGCCAAAAAGAGUCUGGGAUCUUUCUUGCCAUUUGAUUGCACAGGACAUGGAAAGUGUCUAGGUUCUUCUAGAGAAGAAAAUGAAAGAGAAAGGAAAGCAUCUAUGCGCCUCCACAGAUCCAGACCUUGAACUCUGUUUUCUUCCAUUUAAAGGAGAUUUUUUUUCAAAUGUCCACCUUCCUCUCUCACAGGUUCUUUUCUUAGACAAAAUGUCACUAUGUGCCUCAGGUCCUUCAUAGGUCCUUGCUGUGCUUUGUGACAGGAUCUUAUGUAGUCCAGGCUGGCCUCAAAUUAUUGAUCUUCCUGCACUGUGCCCACCUUACCUUUAUAGGUGGGUGUGUGUGUGUGUGUGUGUGUGUGUGCACGUGGGUGUGUUUGGUUGGCUGGUUGGUUUUUAGCAAGGUUUCUCUGUGUAGCUCUGACUAUACUGGAACUCCAUCUGUUGACCAGGUUCGCCUUGAACUCAGAGAUCUGCCUCCUUCUGCCUCCCUAAAUGUUGGGAUUAAAAGCAUUAUCUACUACCACUCAGUUCUUUAUAGGUUCUUAAUGAAUUGAUCCACAUAGCUGCUUGCAACCAUAUAUUGUCAACAUCAAUGCGAUGUUUUUUCUUGCCCACUCCCCAUGGUGAUUCCCCUGGCCUCAAUCCUUGGGGCCAGUGAACUUGCCUGAAUCAGCUUCCCAGUAAACCUCCUUUUAAUUUAAAAAACAAAAGCAUGACAAACUCAGUAUGGGCAUAGUGGCUAGUGCCUGUAAUUCAGCAUUCUGAAUGCAGUGUCAGGAAUAUGGUCAUAAGGUCAAGGCCCAGACCAGCCUGGUCAACAUAGCAAGUCACAAGCCACUCACAGCUAUAUGAUGGCCCUAUCUAAAAAUUAAAACAAAGUAAAAGGUACUGUUACAGUCUUGUGUUAGAUACCUGUACUACCAAUAAAAGUAAAUAUAUGGGAUGCACUCAGUAGUUGUGAAUACCCUAUGGUCCACCUCUUACUCUAAUGCUAGGGAUGGCAUGGCAAGGCAGUGGCAGAGUCAUGUUUCUUUCCCUAAA